CGUAUCUCGCUAGUGUACAAAAUGCACAUUAGUGGCGCUGUCAGGUGCUGCAGUUCAUAAAACAGCAACCAACUACUUAUUCCCGAUACUGCUGUAUAUCAGGAAACACACUAUGCCGAGUAAACAAAGGCUAUCACAAAUCUAAACUGCUCACUGGAGGGGGAAAGCUUGAAAUGAGAGCGAUCAUGACUAGCAGACGGCGUGAGAGUCAGCGGAUCUGUUCAGCAGAACGUGCCAGUCAAAAUGUGUCAAAGAGGCCCCGGCUAAAGGAUCUGUCCAUUCCUGAAAAUGCAAGUAAACCAUUUCAAGCGCUUCCAAUCUGGAUGCGCCUAUAUGUCUAUGGAAUGCACGGGAUUACGUUGGACAUCAUCAUUUCGUCCCUGCAGAGAUUUGUAUACAUCACUGAUUUGAAGCUGCUGGGGUUCUCCUCUCCUUACCUUUGCAUUGCCCAUUCAGUUACCCAUUUUGCGCUGGAGAAAAUAUAUUUGCAGAAGAAGAGCUUCCAAGGGUGCCCCGUUGUUUUUAAUUUGAUCUUGUAUCCUUUGAUAUAUGUAGGAAUACAGCUUUUAGUGGGGAAGACGAUUGUCAGCACAAACGACGCCAAAUGUUUGUCUGUAGUCAAUAUUGCUGUUCUGUACCUCGUAGCACUGUACUACUCUCAAGUGUUUCUCAAGAGAUUCUUACGCCUGCAGUACCAUUGCUCAAAGAAUGGCACGCCGACUGCACUGAUAGAAAGGUCUUCUCAUCGACUUCCUGACAGUAUUCGAUUCUUGUUCUUUGGCAUGCAUGGUUUUUUAGAUGAAGUCCUUUUCACUUCAUUUUUCAAUCUUAUUGAAAAUUCAGACCAAACCUUGACUGGACACACCUCUCUAUGGUCCUUUUUAAUGUACGGAAGCUGCAGUUUCGUAGUGGAAAAGCUGUAUCUGUAUCUUUAUUACAGAAGAGGCUGGGGAGCCUGGAAAAGGCUUCCAAUCUACAUACUAUUUAUUUACACUUGGGAGUUUUCCUGGGGAUUGAGUCUUCGACAGUACAAUGCUUGUUCAUGGGACUACUCGCACUAUCCUUUGAAUUUUAAGGGGCUCGUAACACUGGUGUAUUUACCUGGGUGGAUCUGCCUCAGUUUGUAUCAGGACAUGCUGUCUAACGUGUUGCUGCGUGUCGAAGGCAAAAUGUCUGCUGAUGGACGGCACUGAAUGGCAAUUAAAUGACAUUUAACAUCACGAAAAAAGGAGCAUCCUCACUGUCGUUUUAUAUACAAAAACGUUUUUAACAAAGAUGUUUUGAUUUAAAAUCGUUAGUGUAUUUGAAAAAUCAGUAUAAGCAGCUUUUUAUACCUUUUAUAAAUAGUUUAAUAUAAGCAUUUAAAAAAAAAAAAAAAAAAAAAAAACAUUGUUUACAAAUUCUAAUGCAAGUGAUAGCGGAGGGAAUUUAAUUGCCGAAUUAUUGUCAAAAGGGAUUUUAAAAAUCCAAUCACAGUAAAAGACAAACAUAAGUUAUUAUUAUUAUUAUUAUAUUUAUUAUAUUAUUAUUAUUAUUAUUAUUAUUAUUAUUAUUAUUAUUAUAUUAUUAUAUACGUGUAAGAAUGUCCAUCUGUAUCAAAUACUGUCUAACAGGUUUGCAACCCUGAAAAUUAACUUUCCCUUACUUAUAAUAAUUUAAGCAGAUGUUUUGCAUCUGUUAGUAAACUAAACCCAACAUAAAGGAUGGCACAGGCAAAUACUUUACUUUUCCUAUAGUUCCACUGUCUGUCAAUGGCACUAUAGUAGCCAACUGUAAUUUCUUGCACAUAUUCUGGUUCUGGCUACAGAAGUGAAGUGUAAUUUGUGUGAUUACAUUUGAUACUCAGUUUUCAAUUCAAAUUCAGGAAUGUAAAAUAGACCUUUGGAAUCAUUAGGACUUGCACAAUUUUGUCAGAACAAUCAAUAAAAAGUUAAUUGUAAAUCAAUUAAGUAAUUUUUUGUGGCACAUUUAUGUAUUAAUAUAAAAAAUGUGUUCAUUUAAUUAAAUAUUAAAUUGAUAGUUAUUUAACAAGUACACAGUGCAGUUUUCACUGUUAGUUUUCAAUUGAAAACCUCAGCCAACUAUAACUUUGAAUACCUUUUAUUAAAAACAUUAAAACCUACUUUUAAUAAAAAUGAAUAAUCUGCUGGUUAUUUUUCUUGUUAUUGUCUAGUUUCAUUGUGGAUGUAGAAAAAGGUAAGUUUUGUUUAAUUUAUGUUCAACUGAGAUAUGAGGCCUUGAGGGUAUGGCAGCAGCUUUGUAAAAAUACUGGUACGAAAAGGUAGAUUUUUCUUACAACUUUACUUACAAAAUCAUAUACAGAAGCGAAUAUCUCAAAGCCGUGAUAGU